GAUAGUUUUUAUCCUAAUGACGUAUUGACAGAUAAUUAGGUUAUGUUAAAAUAAACGCAUGGUUGACGGUGUUCUAUAUGUGGAAAAUGGUACAAUAAUAAGUAAUAAAUUAAAGUGUGCUUAUUGAAUUUUAAUUAAAGACAUCAUGGGUAAAGUACGUUCGGCGUCUGGAGCACCUCGUAAAGAGGGCUUCAACCGUUCAAAUCAUUCUAUGAAUCCUGAACGACCUACAGAAGGCUUAAAAGGUGUUGCAAAAGUGCGCACCAAAUCAACAAUCAAACGUCUUCAAAUGUAUAGAAAUUUUAAAGCUAAACGAGAUAAAACAGGCAAAAUUUUAACUCCAGCUCCAUUUCAAGGUCGUUUACCUUCGGGUUCAAUUGCGCGUGUUGAACCCAGCCAAAGAUGGUUUGGUAAUUCUCGAGUCAUCUCACAAAACGCCUUACAAAAAUUUCAAGAUGAAUUAGGUGUCGCUGUCAAAGAUCCUUAUCAAGUAGUGAUGAAACCCACAAAAUUACCAAUUACUUUGCUCAAUGAAAAAUCAAAGUUCUCUCGCGUUCAUCUAUUAGAAACUGAAAGUUUUGAUAAUGUUUUUGGGCCAAAGAAACAACGUAAGCGACCUAACAUCAGCGUACGUGGCUUAGAUGAACUAAAUCAGAAAGCAAUGGAAUUAUCAGAAACAUAUGAUGAAAAGAAGGAUUUGGAUUUAGUUCGAGAAGACGAAGGAAUUAAAGACGCUCAACGGGAUUGGGUUAUGGGUGCAGGUCAAUCAAGACGUAUAUGGAACGAAUUAUAUAAAGUCAUUGAUAGCUCGGACGUAUUACUGCAAGUGUUAGACGCUCGAGAUCCCAUGGGAACACGAUCCCCUCACGUGGAAAAUUUCUUAAAAACCGAAAAACCUCACAAACAUUUAAUAUUUAUUUUAAAUAAAGUUGAUUUGGUUCCUACUUGGGUUACACAACGAUGGGUGCAAAUUCUCAUGAAAGAAUAUCCUACAAUUGCAUUCCAUGCAUCUUUAACACACCCUUUUGGAAAAGGUUCGCUGAUCAAUUUAUUGCGACAAUUUGGUAAAUUACAUUUGGAUAAAAAACAAAUUAGUGUGGGAUUUAUUGGAUAUCCAAAUGUGGGUAAAUCUUCUGUUAUAAAUACAUUACGUUCGAAAAAAGUAUGUAAAGUGGCCCCAAUUGCAGGCGAAACUAAAGUAUGGCAAUAUAUAACACUUAUGCGUCGUAUUUAUUUAAUUGAUUGUCCUGGUGUUGUGAAUCCAACCGCUGAAAGUGACACAGAAAAAGUGUUAAAAGGUGUAGUGCGAGUUGAACUUGUACAAAAUCCAGAAGAUUAUGUUGAACCUGUUUUGGAACGUGUUCGAUCGGAAUAUAUCGCAAAAACUUAUAAAAUUGAUAAAUGGACAGAUUCAAUUGAUUUCUUAGAGAAGUUAGCUAAAAAAUCAGGCAAAUUAUUGAAAGGUGGCGACCCAGAUAUACCUACCGCCGCUAAAAUGGUAUUAAAUGAUUGGCAAAGAGGUAAAUUACCGUUUUAUGUAAGUCCUCCAGGCUACGAAGAACCUUUGCCAAAAUUAAAUGAAAAUAUCGAAAAUAUUGAAAAUAAUACGAUGAAUGUAGAAACUGUAGAAAAAAGUGAAGAAGAAAAAUUAAAAGAUGAUUUAAUGGAAGAUGUGAUUAAAAAACAAGAAGAAGCAAGACGGUUUAGUGUGAUGCAAGAUUUUAGAAAAAUACGUGUCGGUCUGGAAUUUGAUAAAUCUGAUAUUAAAGAAUUAGAACCAAUUGAUAUGAAUUUAUUAGAAACAAAGAAAAAAUCAAAAUCUAAAAGGAAAACUGAAAAUGUUGAUUCAGAUUCAGAUAGUGAUUCUGAAAUAAGUAACUUUUAUAAAAACGACGAUGAAGAAGAUGUUGAGGAUUGUAGCAGUUUAAAACCAUCAACGAAAGGUAGUACCAUCAAAGAUCAAUUAAAAAUAGCAUCUAAUAAAAAAUUAACAAGUAAAGAACGACGUGCGAUUGAACGUGCUAAUAAACGUAAAAAGAUUGGUAGUAACUUUUAUGAAGUCACUAAUGUUAAAAAUAGAAAUCGUAACAAAAAGAAACCAUCAUAGAUUGUACAAUUCAACACUUAGUUAUUUAAUUCAUUCAGUAAAAAUAAAAAAUAUUUUUCAAAUAAAAA